UUUUUCUUUCUUAACAUCUUUAAAUCUCUGUCCUCCUUCCCUUCAUCUCCAAAAUUCAAUUCAUAUUCUAUCUAGAACCUCUACAGUUUUCCCUUCUAUAGUCUAAAAGUAUCUCCUUAUUUGUAUCCUUAAUAAGGUGAUUUUCUCAGAAGAAGGCGAGUUCAAGAUUGUUACUAGGAAUUUAUUCAGAAAUCAGAGGUUUAUAUUAGGCUUGGGGUUCUGAAAUUUGGUUCUGUUGGUUGAAUCCCUUUUCUGUAAAAACCCAUACUCGAGACUUCCAGGUUUGAUUUUUGAAAACAGAGGGUUUUAUUGAGGAUUUGGUUCAAUGGAAAACGUUUCCAGCCUUGGAAAAGAAGAAGAACAAAUCGAAUUGCCGCCAGGUUUUCGAUUUCACCCGACUGAUGAAGAACUUAUAACUCACUACCUAUCCCAAAAGGUUCUGAACACAAAAUUCUCGGCUAGAGCAGUUGGCGAGGUUGAUCUGAACAAGAGUGAGCCUUGGGAGUUGCCAUGGAAGGCUAAAAUGGGUGAGACGGAAUGGUAUUUCUUCUGUGUAAGAGACAGAAAGUACCCAACUGGCUUAAGGACGAACAGGGCUACCGAUUCUGGGUAUUGGAAAGCCACAGGCAAAGACAAGGAGAUAUAUAGGGGGAAAGCACUGGUUGGGAUGAAGAAAACCCUAGUUUUCUACAAGGGAAGGGCUCCCAAAGGAGAAAAAACCAAUUGGGUCAUGCAUGAAUACAGACUGGAAGGGAAAUAUUCUGCAUACAAUCUCCCCAAAACAGCCAACAAUGAGUGGGUUAUCUGCAGAGUCUUCAAGAAGAUCUCAGCUGGGAAGAAAACUCACGUUUCAGAGUUGGGUAGCCCGAACUCCUAUGCGAACGAGUCGCAUCCUUCAGUGUUGCCGCAGUUGGUAAAUUCAUCUCCGUACAGCAACGAAAGAAGAACCAGUUUUGGCGAGACGUCUCACGUGACCUGCUUCUCCGAUUCAAUGAAGGACCACAAGAUCAAAGAAGACAUGGUUGAGAGCUUCGACACUCCUUUCUUAGCCGCCUCAUCUUCCUCAAACCCGUCUUAUAUUUCUUCUGCUCCCAACUCAUCCGGCCACUUGUCAAACACCGGAACUUUGCACUACCCAGAUACCCUGUUCAUGCACGAGCAGUACUCCGUAUUGAGGAUGAUGCUCGAAAGCAAUGCUCCAGACAUGAAGCGGAAUGAAAAAGUAGAGUUCUCGCCCGAAACCGGCUUUAGUACCGAUAUGUCUUCGGCGGUGUCCAACCACGAUAUGGCUCAAAAGUCUUUUGAAGAUCAAGAGGAUCCGUCAACUUCUGCUGGACCAGGACCAGUAGACAUUGCUUGUCUAUGGAGUUACUAAGUUUGGAGAUGGAAGAAGAAUGUUACGAAGAAAGACAAAAUUCAGGAAAUCAUUAGUCGUUUCGAGUUCGUGGUGUGCGUUAUUAGAUUAUCUGCAUCACAGAUCGUUUAGAUUCUGAUCUUCGUCAAGUUAUAGGUUGUAAAGAAAUGCGUACGGGUUCUGAGAGAAAUUAAACUUGUGUUUCUUUUUGGUUUUAAAGCACAUUAGCAUUAAAAAUUUGGAGCUUUAAUAUUUUGUACAAAAUGCAUUUGUAGUUUGCUUGUGUACAAAAUUCAUGACUGGGAAUUAAUAUACUAAUUAAUUGCAUCAAGUAUUUGUUA